AACAAAAGUGCAGGCAAAGAAAAAAAGAUUGCUUCACAAGAAAGACGCCAAUCAAACAUUAGCUCCUCCUGCCGCGGAUUAUAAAGGAAAUGCACAGAACUGGAACAGAACAGAGGGGGUACUCUGUUAGGGCAGAAAUUACACAUAGGUGGAACCCAUAAAUCCGCGAGUUCUGGAAGUUUAGCUAGUCAUACAUAUCUUUUAUUAUUUUAUAUUUAAACUGUACGCGCAACAAAGAUGACCACGGCUGUGGUAUCGCCUUUCUUCGAUUUCAGCGAAGUGAUAAACAAGAAUAGCAAAAUGCUCAACUACAACAACAACAACGUGGUUGGCGCACCCCACCUGAUGUCCGUACCCUGUACAGGUGCCAACCACCCCACCUCCACCGGGGCCCUGCUGGACAGGAAGGCGGUGGGGACGCCCUCUGUGGGAGGGGCCUACCAGCGCCGGCAUUCCGUCACGCUUCCCAGCUCGAAGUUCAACCAGAACCAGUUCCUCAACAGCCUAAAGAUGGACGCCACGCUGUCCUCGGGCGGCGGUGGCGGCGGCGGCGGCGGCGGCAGCAACAACAAGGAGAACCGAUUCCGCGAACGCUCCUACUCUGAGACCGGCGAGCGGCUGCUGCAGAAGUGCAGCAACGGCGGCGGCGGCGGCGGUGGCGGCAACGGCCAGGUGAACUCCAGCCGCUACAAGACGGAGCUGUGCCGGCCCUUCGAGGAGAACGGCACCUGCAAGUACGGCGACAAGUGCCAGUUCGCCCACGGCAUCCACGAGCUGCGCAGCCUCAGCCGGCACCCCAAGUACAAGACGGAGCUCUGCCGCACCUUCCACACCAUCGGCUUCUGUCCCUACGGCCCGCGCUGCCACUUCAUCCACAACGCCGAGGAGCGCCGGGGGCCCCCUCCGCUCUCCUCCUCCAACAAGAUGGAGCGCCCGCGCCUCCACCACAGCUACAGCUUCGCCGGGUUCUCCAGCCUGGGCAACCCGCAGGACAGCCCCACCUCCGUCACCCCUCCGCCCAUGUUCUCGGCCGAGGACCUGUCCGAGUGGCCCAGCAACCCCUUCACCUACUCCAGCCAGGAGCUGGCCAGCCUGUUCUGCCCCAGCCUGGGGGUGCCGCCGAGCGCCGACCUCUCCGUCCAGGCCCCGCCCUCCCCUACCACGCCUUACUACUUCAGGCCCAUGUCGGAGUCGCCUCAGAUGUUUGAGGCGCCCCCCAGCCCCCCGGACUCCCUCUCUGACCAGGAGGGCUACCAGAGCAGCUCGGGGAGCCUGAGUGGCUCGGAGUCCCCCAUCCUCGACACCAACCGCCGGCUCCCCAUCUUCAGCAGACUCUCCAUCUCAGAUGAAUAAGCACCCUCCUCCCCCUCCCCCUGCGCACACACACACACACACACACACACACACACACACACACACACACAUACAAACACACACAUGCCUGAGAUGGAGAUAUUGUAAGACAAAUUGGCACUCCCCUCUACCUCCAGUCCUGCCUGGUUUUCCUUGUGCCUAACCCUAACCCCUACCCUUGGCCUUGUUUACAUGCUGAUAAAUGGGAUGGAUUUAGUCUCCAUACAAUUUUUAUGUAUUUUUUUUGCCAGAGAGUGCCAGAAUAGAUUAAAGGUUUUCUUCAUAGGUUCACUUCCCCUUUGGAGUAGUGGUCAGAGACCCCUAUCAGUCCCCUUUUAAACCCCCCACAAAACACACACACACACACACGCAUCCCUUCCCCACAUAACUGUACUUCCAAAAGGACACUCAUUGAAUUAAGGGAACUAUUUUUUUUUUUU